AUGUAUAAAUUAUCUGUAUUAUUAUUAUUUGUGUUAACUAUUAUUUCAGCUGGUGUUUUUGCUCAAACAUGUCCAUAUGAUCAAACACCAAGACUGGCCUCUGCAACUCAUUACAGCUCGUAUACUUUGGGAGGAGGAUGCAGUUUUGGUACUCCUUGGAGUUCGACAGGUCCACACACCGCCUACAUUGCAGCGCUUAGUGAAGUUUGGUACAACAAUGGUACACAUUGCGGUAAUUGCCUUGAAGUGUCAAAUGGCAACAAAUCAGUGACUGUCAUCAUUCAAGAUAUGUGUCCUAUCGAAGGUAACCCCAUUUGUAAGAACGACUAUCAUCUAGAUCUCUCGCCAGAGGCAUUUGCAGUACUUGGUAACGUCAACGACGGAGUAUUGUACAAUCUAACCUGGAGAGAAGUUACUUGUGACAAUAUCUAUCCAGAAACUGUACAAGUACAAAUUACCAAAGGGUCAAGCCUAACAUGGGCCUCUUUACUUGUAUUUGGUUACAAAAUUGGAAUCAAACAAGUACAAAUCCAACUCGCCAACUCUACCACUUUUACAUCGACCACUCGUUACAGUUACAAUAAUUUCAUUGGUAUUAGUCAACAAGAAUUGUUCAAGUAUCCAUUCACUGUAAAGAUUAUCUCUGAUCUUGGUGAAUCUAUUGAAGUGACCAUUCCAGAAUUAGAAGUUGAAAAGAUCUAUGACACCAAACAACAAUUUGGUACUGGUGAUUGUAUUGGUUCAGAUUUAAUUCUUUCAGUCAAUCAUGCAUCAUCAUCUCUUCCAAUCAUUUCAAUAUUCUCUCUAUUAUUAUUAUCAAUAUUUACUAUUCUCAUUUUAUAA